UAAAAAUAAAAAUAUAAAAGCACAACGACCUCAAAACAGAGAAGAGAGUUCCAUUUGUUUCUUUCUUUGUUUCAGAGUUUUCUCGCUUCAAUCGCCAUGGCUGCUCUGCAAUACCUGGAAUCCCUUCGAAGUUCUCACCCCGAGCUUGGCGAAUGGUACAAUUCUCUUGCGGAUCUGUACCAGAACAAGCUAUGGCAUCAGCUUACUCUCAAGCUCGAACAGUUCGUCGCUCUUGCCGUUUUCCAGGCCGGUGAUGCUUUGAUACAGUUAUAUAACAAUUUCAUCACAGACUUUGAGACCAAAAUCAACCUUCUCAAACUUGCCCAUUUUGCUGUGAUGGUUUCUCGACAGUAUUCUGAGAAAGAAGCUGCCGUUGCUUAUCUUGAAGGGGUCAUUGAGAAACUGCAAGCAACUAGAGAGCAGCGCAUUGAAGAGCCUAUCCUAUACAUCAAGAUGCAAAUUGCCUUAUUUAAGCUUGAGCAAGGUGACCAAAAGGAAUGCAAGAAUCUUCUGGAAAAUGGAAAGAGUACACUUGACAGCAUGACAGAUAUUGAUCCAACUGUUUAUGCGAGCUAUUACUGGGUAUCUUCUCAAUAUCACAAAUCCCGUCAAGAAUUUGCUGAGUUCUACAAAAAUGCUCUUCUCUAUUUGGCAUACACAUCAGUGGAGUCUCUCUCUGAUUCAUUCAAGCUGGAUUUGGCAUUUGACCUGUCUCUUUCUGCUCUGUUGGGGGAUAACAUAUACAACUUUGGAGAGCUACUUGCCCAUCCUAUUAUUAAGAGCCUCCUAGGGACAAAGGUGGAAUGGCUCUACUACAUUCUGCAGGCAUUCAAUUCUGGUGAUUUGGUUCGAUAUCAAGAAUUAUGUCAGGUGCAUAAUGCUGCUUUAAGGGCUCAACCGGCACUAGUUCAAAACGAACAGAAGCUGUUGGAAAAGAUCAACAUUCUCUGUCUGAUGGAAAUUAUAUUCAGUCGGCCUUCGGAAGAUCGUACUAUUCCAUUGAGUGCAAUUGCAGAGCGUACAAAGCUUUCUAUAGAGGAUGUGGAGCAUCUUCUUAUGAAGAGCCUAUCUGUUCAUCUGAUUGAGGGUAUUAUUGAUCAAGUGGAGGGCACAGUACAUGUUUCCUGGGUGCAACCAAGAGUUCUUGGUAUUCAACAGAUAAAAUCCUUACGGGAUCGACUGGACAGUUGGACAGGAAAAGUACACACGGCGUUGUUGUCCAUCGAGGCUGAGACACCCGAUUUAAUUGGAUCAUGAAAAUUUUCUGUUUGUUUUCUGCCAGUUGUAACGAUUUCUAAUGUUAAAGGGAAAACAUCCUGAGGCAACAAAAGACGAAGAGACUUCCGAGUUACAUGGGCAUAUAGCCAACUUAUGUGCUCCAUUUAGUUUUGUCUACUUCUUUUGAAUGAUUGCUCUGGAAAUAGCAACCCCUUGUACUUGGCUUAGAAAUUAUUGUUUCUAAAAUGGUUGCAUGCUUAGAGACAUGUUGCAUCAGUUCAAAACAGUCUGUUUUUACAUCUUAGAGUGGUGACCAAACUAUGUACCUGAUAAUUUUCUUUAGAUACAGCCAUUUUUAUUUA